UUACAUUUAGUUACAAGGAAUAUACUACUAUAUGGAUAAAAUUCGUAAACAUUUUCAAAAAUACUUUAAGCAACCAAACGAACACAAACAACUUAUUCAUUUUCCACUGGAAUACACAAUAAGCACCUCAUUGAGCGAAUGAAAACUACUUGCAGCAUUUUGUUUACUGUCGUCAUUGCACCACAAAAUGGUCAACAGAGGGUAAUCGAUGUGGUCCGAAGAGCUGAACUGCAUCAUUGGCAGCAAAAGUGCAAGUUGUUGGAUUUUAUGUUUAUACCACAAUGAAACUAAGUGUGAGUGCGUAUCGCGCACAUGCAUCAGCACACAAAAAGAUACUCUCGAGCGGAUAUCACUCUCAACUUAAUUACGGCAGCACAGGAGCGGCUGCCACAGCUUCCUCAAGCUCAUCAGCAGGAUUAUAUGCGAUUGAAACCAACGAAAGCUCCAUUACGUUUCCUCAAGAAAUGAAUAAAGCAGAAUGCAACAAUAGCGACACCGAUGUGAUCAGUCCUACUGGAACGAGUAGUUCCGGCCAAGAUCAAAUCCACCCAGUUUCUAAACGAAGGACACAACGAAAGGAUGAAGAUCAGAUCAGUAAUGCUCACUCAUCACACUCUGAUAGUAAAAGCCCAAGUCAGAGGAAAUCACGUAUCGGAGAUGGAACUUCGGAUCCAGAUUCCGAUUGGACGCGGUCUAAUCAGCGUUGGAUGAAACUCCGAACUACUGUACAAAUAUCAUCAGCCAUACAAAAGAAACCACCGCUUAAGAGGGAAGACUCAUUCCUUAAAAGAUUCUCAACACGACAAAUACCAGAAGCUCAAGAAACCGUCGAAGAUACUGGAUCCGAAAGUGCCUCAGGAGACGUCGAUAAAACUUUUAAAAGACGAAGACGUUACCUGCAAAAGCGUCGUUCCGUUGUAAAUCCUGAUGAGAAUUUUUAUUUUUAUUGGCUGAUGGUUCUAACAAUUUGUGUUCUUUAUAAUCUAUGGACCUUAAUCGUUCGCCAAAGCUUUCCCGAAUUACAGCAAGCGGUACCAACAUUUUGGUUUAUUUGUGAUACUCUAACUGACAUUGUAUUCAUUUUCGAUAUUUUUGUACAAUUACGAACCGGCUAUUUGGAACAGGGUCUAAUGGUGUACGACGAUAAAAAACUGAUGUCACAUUAUGUACAUUCAAGAGAUUGUUUUUUUGAUAUAAUUGCUCUAAUACCAUUUGAUCUUUUACAAUUGAAAGUGGGCUCUCAGCCAUUGUUACGUUUUACUCGUUUUUUUAAGGUUUAUAGAUCUGUUCGAUUUUAUUAUAUUGUUGAAAGCAGAACGGUUUGGCCGAAUUUAUGGCGCGUAGUGAAUCUAAUUCAUAUCUUAUUAAUACUUGCCCAUUGGUUUGGAUGUUUCUAUUAUUUACUAUCCGAAGCAGAGGGAUUUCAGGGUGAUUGGGUAUAUCCAUACCGUCCAGGAGAUUAUGCCACUUUAACCAGAAAAUAUUUAGGUAGUUUAUAUUGGUCUACAUUGACAUUGACUACAAUCGGGGAUUUGCCAACGCCUGAAACAAAUGCAGAAAUCAAUUUUUCGGUGGACGGCCCAAGAUCAAUUCCUAGGCGUGGAAUUAAAUCCAGAUUACUUCAAUUUGGUUCAAAUUACGGAUACAUUUUCACCAUUGUCAGCUAUUUGAUUGGCGUUUUUAUAUUUGCAACAAUUGUUGGUCAAGUUGGAAAUGUAAUUACCAAUCGUAACGCGAAUCGUUUGGAGUUUGAGCGACUCUUAGAUGGUGCUAAAACCUAUAUGAGACAUCACAAGGUGCCUGGAGGAAUGAAACGCCGUGUCUUACGGUGGUAUGAUUACAGCUGGUCAAGGGGGCGUAUACAAGGCGGCGGUGAUAUAAACACAGCUUUGGGUCUAUUGCCGGAUAAAUUGAAAACUGAACUGGCAUUGCAUGUGAAUUUGAGUGUUUUGAAAAAGGUAACAAUAUUCCAAGAGUGUCAACCGGAAUUCCUUCACGAUUUGGUGUUGAAAAUGAAGGCGUACAUAUUUACACCGGGCGACUCGAUAUGUCGCAAAGGAGAGGUUGCUCGUGAAAUGUUUAUAAUAGCAGAUGGCAUUUUAGAAGUUUUAAGCGAGACCGGAAAAGUGCUUACUACCAUGAAAGCUGGUGAUUUUUUUGGUGAAAUUGGUAUACUCAACUUGGAUGGUUUAAACAAACGCACCGCUGACGUUCGAUCGGUUGGCUAUUCCGAACUGUUUUCGUUAUCGCGCGAAGAUGUGCUGGCCGCAAUGAAAGAUUACCCCGAAGCACAGGAGAUCCUACAGACUCUUGGUAGAAAGCGUCUCAUGGAAGUAAGGUGUGUCAACAAAAAAUAUGCUAAGGCACAGGCCGAUAAAGAUGCGGAAAAACACCCAGGGGCCCACCAUCAUCACGGUCACGUGAAUCAGAGUGACAGCAGUGAAAAUAGUGCCUCGAAGAAAAUUGUCGAUAAAUUGCGACAUGAUGUUAAGGGGUUCCGAAGUGUUCUUAAAAAAUCACGGACAACGCGAAGAAGCGACGAAUCCUUAGAAAUGCAGCCGUUGCACAGUACGUCUCCUAAAAACGGUAAAUCAAUGUUAAAGCGAAUGUCCCGAGUACGAUCGGAUGAAAAAGAAGAAACAGCUGAAGAAAAAGAAGAAUUACACGACAAGUCUCCAAGUCCAAUUGGAGCGGGCUUGCCACUUUUACAGAGAUUGCGUCUGCUCAAAGAAAAACAGGAUCGCGAAGAGCGAGCUGUUAAGUCCACACCACCACAGAAAUCUCCACCUCACUCACAUGUAACCUGUACGUUAUCGCCGCAGGAAUCAAUACAAGAAGAGCCCGAAAGGGAGAUUAACGAGGGACUCCCUUUAAUUCAGCGACUGCAGCAGUUGAAGAUAAAAAACGAUCCUCCCCAUCCUGUAAAUGAUUCUAGUUUACCGAUGUCAUCUGUAAUAACUGAUGUUAAUACUAAAUUAGAAAACAUAUCGAAUAUCAGCAGUAACAACAACAGCAAUACUACUCCAAUAUCACUUACAGUCGCGCAAUUCAAGCCCACAAUGAAGGUUUCUUUCCGACAAAGAAUUCAACAAUUGCAGCAACAGGCCCCCAAUAUGAAUGAAUCAGCCAGUUCUGCGAAAGCAAAUUCGAUAGUCAUGGAGUCAACAAGUGAAAAAACUCCAGCAAUUAACACCAACGUUAAAAAGGAACCACCUAAAACUCUAUCGGUUGUUAAAUGCGGACAAAUCGAAGAGGAGACAGGAGUAGAUUGCAAAUUAGCGGGGUCCAACAAUAAAUCGCACAAACCAAUAACCACCAUUUCAAACCAAAUUGUUAAACCGUCCACAACAACACCAACAAUUGUUUCUGAUACAGAUACACCUAUUAAGCCGUGGUCCAAACUAAAGUUGGCUACCAUAAUAUCAUCGAGUUAUACAAGUUUAGCCACAUCCAACACUUCCUCAGACGAUGUCUCUUCCCCUUUGAAAAUCUACUCGGUGGGAAGCAUACCACAACAGGUCAUAAGCGAAGAGAAGCGCUCGAGAAAAGAAAAACCGUGCAUUCUUCCAACAGGAAAGCGAUCAGCACUUGAUCAGGUUGAAGCAAGCUGUAGUACAAAACAAAGAGUUACUGAAAAGGCGAAAAAGUCCCUGAAAAACGGAAAGGCACUACAGAAUGCUAUUGCCAGUCAGACAAAACUGUAUCAGUCAGUAUUUGAUCUCUCGCCCGAAUACAGCGGGCUACCGUUUGUAAAGCGCUUAAAGAUUUUAAACGAACGACAGAAGUUGGCCGAACUUGAGAAGGCUCUACAGACCAGAAGUUUCAGCUUGGAUAGUUCAAAAACUAACAGCGCCCAGAUAUCAGAGGCGCUGUAUCGCUGCCAUAGUGAUGCGACUGGAAUAAAUUCACAAUUUUUCUCAGCCUAUGAAUCCAGUUCAACCACAUCGACCAAUACAUCCACAUCUGAGAAGUCGAAAUGUCCACAUUACCACCGUCAUCAUCGCUUAGAUACGGUUCAUCACGACUACACACCCCUAAGUCCGGAAUCGAACGAAACACUCGAACGUAGAAAGUUGAAGAGCAUUCUAAAGAAAAUCAGCCAUGAACGAGAGCACAGAGGUACCACUGGUGAAAUGCAAACGCAAAUACAUUGCAGAGGCCUAUCGAUGGAACCCACUGUUGAAGGCCCUCCUGGCAGCGUCGCCAUCACCAAUCCCGAGAACACUAAAGACGAACAUCAAACCGAUUACAGUCUUAACUCACCCACUACUACCAAUGCUCCGCCAUUUUAUGCGGAAUCUGUUAUGUCACCACCCGAUCUCUUAAGAGCCGAAUCGAUCGCCACCUGUUGUACAACUGCUAAUUGUUCCCAUUCUUUUCAAAUGAAUAGUAGUAGUAGCACUCUAACAAUGUUUCCCACAGAUUUAUACCCGCAUUCCGGAACUAGUCAUGGCUCAUGUCAUGUUCCAACAAUAAAAGGAUUGCACGAGGGUCAAGACUGUUAUAAUCAGAUUUUAAAUGGCAUCAAUGAUGUGAUACGGACGCAUAUUAACGAAAUACAUUCUAAAUUUGAGUCACAAUUCUCCAACAUGGCAAUGGAAGUGGAGAGAAGAGAUGCUUUUAUAGCACAUUUACAGUCAAAACUAAGGAAUCUGGAAUUAAAUGUCUCAUCGUCAAGCAGAAGGAAAGCAAAUCGAGAAAAACUGUCAAGCCAGUGUUCGGAAGUCGGUGCUGCUGAAGAUCGAAAUGUUGAGGAUAACAGCAGUUCUGGUUCAUCAGCGGAAUUACUUUUUAUGCGUGGGGAUUCGCUUGAUACAGUGUUUACUUCAUCGCCUCCAACACAAACGAAGAAGCAUUGUGCGUGUUCGCCGAAAACGAGUCGAGAUGAUUUCGCCGCAUCGAAUUACAGUCACUAUUGCAAGACUGGCAAUGGGACAAAAAGUAAAAACGGUAACAAUUGGUCCACAAAUCAACCAGUUGUUUUAGCAGAUGUACAAGGAAAUCUUUCUCGCAUUGGCGAUAGUGUCAUCUUAGAUAUCGGCGAGAGCACAAGUUCAAGUUCAUCCUCCGAAAAACUUAACGCCGGUGAUGACGAGGUCGAGGAUGAUGAUGAGGAGAUUGAGAGCUCAGAUAAUCAUGUUCAUCACAACGACUGGGAAGUUCGAAUGCUGGCAGCCGAAAUGGAGAAGCAAGAGCGAAAGCGUGGUCUCUCACUCUCCGAUAAUUUGCAGUUGGGCGGUACAAAAUUGUGCGGAACGUUUCUACGAAGACGUCGAAAAUUCAGUGAUACUGAAACGGAGUGCAGUGAAACAGAUGCAGAACAUGCCCCAGCAACUGUACGCCCGAGGGCAUCCAGCCUGGAUCAAUUCAACUUGCGUUACGGCAUCGGCAGGGGUGGUAUAUUCAAAGCAAUGAGUAUUGAUCGUGAUAAAGAUAAACUUUGA